AUGAAGGAUGCAUACCACACCGCCGUCGUGGUGGACAAUGCGGAGUACACGUUUACGCCAAGCGGUAUUAUGAGGAACGUCCUGAAGGGACAGCUCGACCCCGCAGGCAACGAUGGAGUGGCGUACUUCCGGGGCGUGUCGACGAUAUCAGGACCCACCAUGGUUCGCAUCUUGUUGCCGUUUUUCAAGGAAGGGAGCUAUGACGUUCUGAAGAAAAACUGCAAUACGUUCAGCGAUUGUGCGCUGUUUUGCCUGCUGGGAGAGCGCCUGCCAAUCAAAUAUCGCACGAUCGAGAAAGUUGCGGGAGUGCUGGAUGACGUCACCGGGGUCGUGCAGGCCCUGACCAUGUGCAACUACAAGCCCAAUCCCCAGGCCAAGGCGUUUGAGAUAGUGCCCGUGCUGAAGCAGAUUGACUUUCGGACGAGGCUCUCCAGCAGGUCAAAGCCUCUUCCAAAGGCAUCUCCUUCCAGGCCUAUCAUCCAGGCGGUGCCCAGAUACUCCCUGCAGCUCUGA